AUGGAAAGACUAAGUAAAUCACAUGAAGUUUUAAGGUUACUUUCAACAACAACAUCAGAAAGAUUAAUAAUCAAAGGUAACAAUGAAAAUUAUUUUAAAUUAAUUAAAGCUAGCGUGGAAACAUUAUUUACAACAUGUGAUGAAAAUGAUUACAAUGUACGAUUGACUGCUGAAGAAAAUCUUAAUAAAUUUGUUAAAAAUUUAAAAGAAGCAGUUUUAACAAGAAUUCAAGUUGAAUUACAUCGAAUAAUAAAUCAUAAUCCUAAUGUUGGGCCAAAUGCUUUAAAAGGUGUUCUUGGUGAUUUGCCGAAUUAG